GCGAGCGAAGACAUAUCGAAAAAUUUAGCUACGAUGAAGACCAUCCUUUAUGGAGAUGGAGAAAGUGAUCCAGUACCAGAAACUGUCGCACAACUAGCACAAGAAGUUUACACUAAUGAUAUUUUACAAUUACUAGCGCAAAAUAUUUGGAGGUUUGAAUUCGAGGCAAAGAAAGAUGUAUCACAUAUAUUCAAUAACCUUUUAAGAAGACAAAUUGGUUCAUUGACACCGACAGUAGAUUAUUUAAGGAGUAGAGGAGAAAUUCUAUUCACGCUACUCAAAGGAUAUGAGAAUCAAGAAAUAGCGCUCAAUUGCGGAAUGAUCCUGAGAGAAUGCCUUCGACAUGAAUCAUUGACUAAAAUCAUUUUAUACUCUCCUCAAUUUUAUAAUUUCUUCGAAUAUGUUGAAAUGAGUACAUUUGAUAUCGCAAGCGACGCCUUUGCCACAUUUAAGGAAAUAUUAACCCGCCACAAAACCCUUGUGGCCGAAUUUUUGGAUGCCAAUUAUGACACGUUUUUCAGGUGUUACACCAAACUGUUGAAUUCUAAUAAUUACGUGACUAAGCGGCAGUCCCUAAAGCUUCUUGGUGAAAUUUUAUUGGACCGUUGUAAUUUUAAUGUUAUGACAAAAUAUAUUGCUAAUGCAGAGAAUUUGAAGUUGAUGAUGAAUUUACUAAGAGAUAAGAGUCGUAACAUUCAAUUCGAAGCGUUUCACGUGUUUAAG